AUGCAUGCAUCAGUAGACUCAGUGUAUCAGUAUAACAAAACAGCUAUUUUUGUUGUUCAUUGUGUAUUUGAAGUGUUUAAUAGAAAGACAAUGGCAGCAAGAAUUGAUGAUCUAUUGCUCCAUGACGAGUCGACUGAAAGGGAUUACCUCCUUGAUAGAAAUGAAGAGGCUCUUAAAUCAAUGGACACAAAGUCUAAAGAUGCCUCUAAGUCUUGUCUUACUUGCUGUGGAAACCCUUAUCGUAUUCAGUUUGUUAUCAAAUCAAAGGGGGCACUUAUUGUCCUGAUGUGGACCUUUUUGCUUCAUUGUGUCAUUCCAAUUUCUAUGUCUAUUCACCUCCUGGGUUUAUCCAUCAAUGCUUUGAGGAAGAAGGCUCAUUUGCCCAAAUACGUAAGCAGCAUCAUCUACACAACCCUGUUUGUUCUUUAUCCAGUAAUGGGCUGGGUAGCUGAUGCAAGGAUAGGAAGAUAUAGGGCUCUUAAGUAUAGCAUAAUGUGUAUUUUUGCUGCAGGACUUUGCAUUGUCUUUGGUUACAGCUCUCACAUAGUAACCUACCACGUGUCACAUCCUUUCUCCUUUAAGCUAAUUGCUGCUGUCCUCCUUGCCUUGGGCGUGCUAUUGAACGUGUGUGGCUUUGCUUGCUUUGAUGCAAAUGUCAUUCCUUUCCUUACGGAUCAAAUUUUAGGAGCAUCUGGUGAUAAGUUGAGUGCACUUAUUCAUUGGCAUUUUUGGCUCAGUGCAAUAUGUGCUGGCAUUAACAACAUAGUCCAGAUUUCAUCUCUGGUAGUUAGUAGUCGCUAUCUUACGUUUGGGACGCUACUGGUCCAUUUGGUGUGUACAGUAAUUGUUCUCAUUAGCUGCUUCACUCUUAAAAAGUGGCUAGAUGUCACGCCAAAGGUUACCAACCCCAUCAAAUUAAUAUUUAAAGUUAUUGUCUAUACAGUGAAAAAUAAGCAACCAAGGAAACCUAGUGCUUUUGUUUUCUGUUCAAAUAGAAUUCAUUCACGCAUUGAGUAUGGGAAGAAAAUUUUUGGAGGGCCUUUCUCAGAAGAACAGGUGGAAGACGUGAAGACGACCUUGCGCCUGUUGCUAUUCAUAUUCCUGUCAGUUGCAUUCGGCUUGCAAUCAAAUCCGUUCAAUUACUCAAAAAAAUUGCUACAGCCGAAUAUAAAAAUGACUAACUUCAACAGAAUAGUACUAUCAAUCGCAGAAGACAGUGCCAUCUAUUAUUCCAUUUUCACAAUAAUUUUCCUGACAAUGUAUCACACAGUGCUGUUUCCAUUGUUUCACAAAUACAUCCCUAGUGUAUUGAAAAGGAUUGGUUUUGGCCUAAUGCUAACCGCUAUAAGUUUAUUAUACUUAUGCCUAUUGGACCUUACAGCCCAAAGCACUAACAAAUAUAAACAUGACAUGUGCUUACUUGGAAAUGGCAAUUAUACUGAAAGAAAUGAUGUUAAUUUAGGUUUCUAUUGGGGACUACCCGCUAUCUUUCUGAGAGCCUUUGGAGAGGUCUUUGCUGCAACAUUCUCUGUCGAGUUCUUAAUAGCUCAAGCGCCCGAGCAGAUGAAAGGAGUCAUGGUUUUCUUCUCGCUAUCAGUUUCGUACUAGAAACAUACCAGAUGAGUAUCGACAGC